GGUCAAUGCUGUUAAUAUGUUAAUGAGUAGAACGUCAGUACUCGCUGUCAACGAGGUUGCUUUCCUUCGCGACCUCAACUUUCGCGAGAAUUUUGCUUUAAAACUUUUGUUUCAAAUGUUUCAAUUUGAUGACAGAUGUGAGUAAAAUUGUGUCAUGGGGAUGGCCUAAUUAUUUUGCUUUGGAAAAGGUGUGAAAAUACAGCACUGUAGGCGAGUUUUGUCGGGUAAAGAGAGCGCCGUGGUUGUCCGCGUUUGGGAUACUGAUGUUCUUUGUUCUUGUGUGAAUACAAGUUGUCCCCAAGGUGUUUGGAAAGGAAUUUUUUAGUCAACUUGUUUUACGACGAGAUAUUUCAAGAAUGAUGGUUCACAAAUGUACUGUGUAGCUUUCAAGAACACUGACUGUGAACUACGAAUGUUUUCUAAAUGCAAAGAAUACAUGAAGGUAUGUCGGGCAACACUAUGUUUACAAACCUACAGCUUUCGUUCUUCAAAUAUAGAGCUAUAUUAGCCUAAUUAUGAUUUAUAACCUGUGAAAAUCCGCACAUACCGACGACACGAGGCUUUUCCAGCUCGUAGCCUCGUACGGUGACAUAUUUUCCCUUGUAUAUAAUUGACUUGAAGUGCAUUGUAUACAAGGUUGUAUCCUGUUAUAUUUAUAAAAAUUCGCCUUUCAAACACCACAAUCUCUUUAUAGUAAUAAUGUAGUCAAUCCAGAUGCUGAACUGACGGAAGUUGUUUACACCGAUGUUCAAAUCGAAUUUUGAAAUAUUUUGUACUUUGGAAUUUUUCGCUAUGCGACUGAUUUACCAAUUAUUCAGCACGUUUGCGCAGCGUGCUUUCGCAUUUGCUUCGUUUCAAAAAGCCAUAGCUAAUGUAAACAGAAACGGAUGGUGUGAAUUUAUUAAUUUUCCGUUUUGAAAUCAAUGUAUACUACAGUAUUUAUCUGCUGCGAAAUCUGUGACAAUUAUCACACGAUAUUUGAUACAUUUUCUUCGAAAUGGCUUCUUCGAACAAAUUUUAUACUGUACAUUAGAAUGUUGUGCAGCGAAUAUUUUUUAAGUAUUCCCACUUAUGAUUUUGAAUGUGAUCUUUUAAAGCGAUUUCCGCGGCGUCGACUCUAUUCCUGUACAUGAUUAUGUUAUAGUUAAGAUAGCGUGAAAUUGUUUUUCUGAAAUGUCGUAAGAUUGUCGAUCUCUGCUUCUUAAAACCAGCGAUAUUUAUUGUUUAUCUUCAAGCAAUGUAAAUAGUCGAUUCAAUUUAGAAUCUCCAUAACAAUCAUCGGUAUAUUGCGCCAGAAACGCUUUGAAAUAUGCACAUCUCAUAUUGUAACACCCAAAAUGUAUAUAUAGAAUAUUUUCUUGCUAAGUGAAAUCGUCGGCCUUGUAAGAAUGUUAUGUCACAGGUAUAAAUGUGAAUAGUGUGUAUGAUAUAAACGUGGUUUUGCAUUAUAAUGCAGACAAAGUGCCCCAUGACAAGUUGAAUACCAAAUAUCUAUUGUAAUAUUGUUUACUUUAUGAACAAAGCCACCUUAAACCCUCGUUGCCAGAAGGAAUGUAGUUAUUGCAUUUUUGUUCAAGUCGAGUGGUGAAGAAAUUGAGAAAACACAUGUCUAUAUUUGAAUUAGUGUAUCAUGUUACUGUGGCUAGACAAUUGUUUGCAAAUACUAUAUGUAGCUGUGUCAGAUGGUAAUAUGCUUGAUGAAUUCGAUAUAUGAUAUAUAUAGUGCAAGACGACAGAGAAAUUCCCAUUAGAUGUCUGUGAAACUUGGCAAAUCCAAAUUUUUUUACCUGAGAUAUGAUUAUGAAAUUGACCAAGCCACUGGUUGGUGAUUGUUUUUAUAAUAAAUGUUGAAAUGGCAAUUUGUUAUGUGAUUUUCUGUAUAUUUAAUUCUCAAUAUGCCAGUUAUGUGUAACAAUUAAUGAUGUGGGGUUUAAAAAAAAGGCUAAACUUCAACAGAAUAUGAAUAUAUCUAGCUUUUGGUGUCUUGUAUGUGAAAAGUUGUGGCUAGUUAAAUUUUGUUUGCUUUGUGAGUCAAUCUACACACAAAAUUUCAUAUUUAUGUAUAUAUAUAUAUAUAUUAUUAGUUAAUUUUCCAAUGUUCAAAACCAUGUAAUUAGCCUGUUUGAAUGAGCAUUACCUUCUACUUUAUAAUUUCAAAAUUUUGAAUGUUGGGUUGUGUUGUAAGUAUAGUGAUGAAUGAUAUACUUGAGGGAUUACACAAUCAAACUACUUGAAAAAUAUAACAAGAACUUUGAUGUUCUGAGCAAAAGCCCUUUGCUUCGAAGCUCUCACCUUAUUACUCUGUACCUAGCUGUCUUACACCAGAUGAUUUUACUCUUGGGGAGACUCUUGACUAUUAAUGCAGUUAAUACACCAUCUAAUCAUGUGUAUUUUGGCGACUGGAAAUGUGUGUCCUAUUUUAUUAUUUUACUAUUAUAUCCUAUUAUCUGAACCACACACUGGAUUUGACAUACGGAGGGCCUUACACUGGUAAUGAUUAACAAUAGCUUGAACCCUUACUGGGGGUCAUGCUGAGGUAUAUCGUAUAUCAAUUGUAUCUGUAUUUUGAUACUGUAUGGUUUCCAGAAUUUUUUCAAUAUGGCAAUUCACUAAAUAGUUGGAUACUAUUCCUUGUUUGCUCUUGAAGGAAUAAUUUGUUAUAUAUUAGGCUAUUAGCCCAUUGAGUUGUAUUGCACCGUAAUGUGUCUUACUUUGUUAUUUUACUCUGUCUAAUACCAGAUUAUUUUUUUACUUUGUACACACCAGAGUGGCGGUUAAGAUUUGUAGGAAAAAUAAAUGUUGGGAUUACCCCGAUCAAGUGCUAAAACAUCUGUCAUUGAAUAUUAGGAAGUUGAAUUCUCAUAUGAAAGUCAUGUGAAUUGUGAACAAAUAACAAUGCUGUGAGAUAUGGAAAGAUGCCUUUAGUAUUUUACUAUCAUGGGCCAGCUAAACUAAAUGCUUUCAUACUGUGAAAGAAGUACUAGAGUAAUAUUAUGCUAUCUGGUAAUUCAAGACUGUUUGUUUGUAAAGCUUCAAAAUUUCGAUGACUAUCAUGUCAUAUUAGUUUUGUUUAUUUUGAUUUGUAGGAUCACCCUUAUGUCAGGGAAGAUUGUGUAAGAACUUUAGUGUAAAGACUAUAGCUUCAAAGGUUAGUCAAAUUUGAUCUACUUUCCACCAGAUAAGAAGAGUCUGUAUUGUGUCCAUCUUAGUCUAAAUUACACAAGAGAAGUGUAGAUGGGUAGCCGGAUUCAACUACCUGAAAAAUACAAGGAAAACUUUGAUGUUUUGAGUGAAGACCUUUUGUCAGGAAGUUAGUGAUGAAUGGUCCAUAUCUGUUUGCUGUGUUAUACACAAAAAAAUAAUUUCUAAGACAAACUUCUCUUCCACAUUUGUUGAGACAGAGCAUCCUAAUAUCCAGUCUAUCACUGUGUUAUUAUUUAUCAUAGGUAUGCCAUCAUAAAGACUGCCAAAGUUCAAACAAUGGACAGCCACUUAUACUUUGUCUGGAUUGUGAUCGAGUCACCCAUGCUGGAGUAUCUAAGACUCAUGCACGCUUCGAAAUAAAAGGUUAGAAACAAUGAUUAUGGAAAAAGUAUGUUGAUGAGAGCCUAACUAAUCUUGACGAUUACUGAGAUUGAUUAUCAGUUAGUCAUCAGUGUACAACAAUCAUGGCCAGAAGUGUUGAUAUUAAAGAGGUGUCCAUAUAAUUUAGAGGGGUGUCCACAUUAAAGGGGUGUCUGUAUUAAAGAGGUGUCCAUAUUAGAGAAAUAUCCAUAUUAGAGGAGUCAGUUAGUCCACAUUAGAGAGGUGUCUGUUUUAAAGAGGUAUCCAUAUUAAAAAGGUGUCCACAUUAGAAAGGUGUUUGUGUUAGAGAGGGGUCCACAUUAGAGAGGUGAUAUCCAUAUUAAAGAGGUGUCCAUAUUAGAGAGGUGUCCAUAUUAGAGAGGUGUCUGUUUUAAAGAGGUAUCCAUAUUAAAAAGGUGUCCACAUUAGAAAGGUGUUUGUGUUGGAGAGGUGUCUAUAUUAGAGAGGUGUCCACAUUAGAGAGGUGGUAUCCAUAUUAGAGAGGUGUCCUUAUUAGAGAGGUGUCCUUAUUAGAGAGGUGUCCACAUUAGAGGUGGUAUCCAUAUUAGAGAGGUGUCCAUAUUAGAGAGGUGGUAUCCAUAUUAGAGAGGUGUCCUUAUUAGAGAGGUGUCCACAUUAGAGAGGUGGUAUCCAUAUUAGAGAGGUGUCCAUAUUAGAGAGGUGUCCAUAUUAGAGAGGUGUCCUUAUUAGAGAGGUGUCCACAUUAGAGGUGGUAUCCAUAUUAGAGAGGUGUCCAUAUUAGAGAGGUGGUAUCCAUAUUAGAGAGGUGGUAUCCAUAUUAGAGAGGUGUCCAUAUUAGAGAGGUGUCCUUAUUAGAGAGGUGUCCACAUUAGAGAGGUGGUAUCCAUAUUAGAGAGGUGUCCAUAUUAGAGAGGUGUUCAUAUUAGAGAGGUGUCCAUAUUAGAGAGGUGUUCAUAUUAGAGAGGUGUCCAUAUUAGAGAGGUGUCCUUAUUAGAGAGGUGUCCAUAUUAGAGAGAUGUUCAUAUUAGAGAGGUGUCCUUAUUAGAGAGGUGUCCAUAUUAGAGAGGUGUCCAUAUUAGAGAGGUGGUGUCCAUAUUAGAGAGGUGGUGUCCAUAUUAGAGAGGUGGUGUCCAUAUUAGAGAGGUGUUCAUAUUAGAGAGGUGUCCUUAUUAGAGAGGUGUCCAUAUAGGGAGAUGUUCAUAUUAGAGAGGUGUCCUUAUUAGAGAGGUGUCCAUAUUAGAGAGGUGUCCAUAUUAGAGAGGUGGUGUCCAUAUUAGAGAAGUGUCCCCACUAGACACCAAUUAUUGAGUGUCUGCAAUUUGUGUAAUAUUUCUAGGAAAUGAAGGCUUUGAAAAAAUGUCCUCAAGUAAAAUAGCAGAAUCAGAUUCUGGAGCAGAAGAUGACAUCGCCCCUGCACAUACGUAUGUUGCAAUUAUGUCAUUGUUAGAUAUAUUACUUUGCAAUGCAAGCAUAGUACUUGGAAAGUUGAAAGCUUGCGUUAUUAGAUAAAAUUUUAUAAUACAAGAACAUCUGACCAAUCAGCAGCUGCCAUGACACUAUCAUUGUCACCGAUGAUAUCGUCACUACCAUAACAUCACCCUUACCAUCAUCAGCCCAUUAAAACUACAGAACCACUCCAUAAUAUGGUAUAUUUCUUGUCCGCACUGUCAUCAGCAGUGUCAUAUUCUAUGUGAUGAAUUCUUGUAAAAUUGUUAAUGUAGAGAAAAGUCAAAAAGCAAAGCUCAUAGUAGUAGAAGAAAAUUCAUGAAACUGACAACGGACAAUUCAAAAAAGAAACCUAGAAGACAUAACACGGAUGUAUGUAGAAAAUAUAACAUUGCCCAUUCUUUAAACUCUCUAUUAAUUGAGCAAAAGCCUGUAGGAAACUAUGGCUUAUUAUGUUUAAAUAAUUUUUUAAUUAUAAUUUUAACUGGUUCACUUUUUAAAUUUCAGGAUCCAGGAAGAGAGUUCAUCAGAUUGAAGAUAUACACAGGAACUUCUGAAGAUUUUAAUCUUGAAUUGAUCCCAGCUUUGAAAGGAAAAACACUGAAGUAAGUUGUUAAUGUUUGUUGGAUCAUAUUUAUCAAGGAUACAUACAUCAAGGAUAAUGUCAUAUUGAAAGGAAUGGAAGAAAUGUAUGAAAGACAGGAAGGACAGGGAAGGGAAAGAAGAAAUGGAGAAGAAAAAUUGGAGAAAACAAGCAUGUGUUCUUUAUAAAAGGAUUGCAAGGAAAUACUGAGAGAAAGAAUGGAGAAAUAAGUCUCAAAUAAAUAGCUAAAGUAAAAUUGGAUACAAUUGGAUGCUAAAUUGUUUCUUCUCGUCUAGGGAUUCACUGGAACCAAUGCUAGAGAAAUACAAUAUUACAUUUGAAAGUCACUCCGUGUUUUUGGACACUUCCAAUACUCCACUUCCUCUAGCAUUUGAAACAUUCCCUUUGUGUGGCAAUAUACUUCAUGUUAGAGGUAAGUGAUCAGGGAUGAUUGAAGAAACAAACUUAAGUUUAUUUUCACUGGGUUAAGGUAAUUGUUGCAUCCCAGUAAGAACCACCACUUCUUAUUGGUCAGUGCUGUGCUACAAGAAUUACAGUAUGUAGAAGGCUUUUUGUAGAAUGAUGGAAAUUUCAAGCUGACGAUUACAGGUAGUAUAUACAAUUUUAGAUCUAAUUUAGGAGCAGCUGUGAAAAAUGUAGCUAUAGGCCCUCUUAAGCUGCAUUUUUUCCAGCUGCUCUUGGUGCGAUCUAAAAUUGUAUAUAAUCUUCAGUUCGAAAUUUUCCAUCUACAAAAAAAAACUUCAAUUACUGUAAUUCUAUUGCUGUUAAAUUCUAGUGAGAUCACUGAGAUGCCCAAAAAAUCUCGAUAUUUAGCCAUACAUAUAUUGGCCUCACCCACUAUAUAUAUACAACUUGUUGUUAGAGCUCGACAACUGGUUUCUGUAGCUCAAUUGAUUAGAGCACUGCACCGGAAUUGCAGGGCUGCAGAUCCGAUUUCUGCCAUAGAGCCGAAUUAGUUGCAUUUUUCGCAGCUGUUCCUGGUUAAAUAAAAAAACUCAAUAUUCACUACAACAAGAAUUAUUAUUAUUAUUAUUAAAACUUUAUUUACACACAGAGUCCAUUUCACAAAAUGUGCUCUUCCAUGGAGCCGUGUACAUUAAAAAUAUCUACAUAACACUAUUACAAUUACAAAUUACAAUUACAAUUGCAAAUACAACUAAGAAUCACAAUACUAAAGAAAAGUAGAAGAAAAUUGGGAUUGUCUGGUAAUAUUUUUUAAAUUAACUACAGAUGUAGCAAGAACUACCUUUAUUUAUACUUGAUAGUUCUGUCAGUUCUAAACUUUUCUGCCUAGAAGUCCAGUAGAAACUUAAUUCCUUCUGUUGAGUGCUUGGCAAAAUAAUAAGGGUCUGGCCUUCAUUGUUUUGUAGGCAAAUGAUGCCAAAAUAUAAUCACAAAUGUUCGUUUUCUUAAAUCCAAACCUCGGAUGAACGCUUAAUAUGUAACAAAGAUACUUCAAUUUUAGAUCAUUCCGGUGUUGAUAAAAGAGUGAAAGAUAUAUCAGAGAAGUCACGAGGCCAGCCAGAGCAUCCUGUAUCAAGAACGCCAUCUUUUGGUAAGAAGCGAGAAGAAGCUGGAGUCAAACAAGAUGAGAAGGAAAAUGAAGAAACAACUAAGGUUUGUUAGAAUGAUUUAUUACUGAUUUGAAAAAUAAAUCAAUCAAGAUGAUGUCCAUUAUAAACUGUUUACCCCCCCCCCCCCCCCCCCGAAAAAAGUUAAUUUCUGCCACUGCCUGCGGAGAAGGUAGCUCCUUACUAUAUUUGCGUUGGCACAGUACUAAUUUUUGCCGAGUCUAAACUGGGCUGGUUUUAUAGUAUCAAAUUUUCUGUGAUCACAGUAUAUAUUUUGCAUAGGUAAAUUAUAAGUUUUAAAGGAUUUGUAAGAAAUUUUUGAGGAAACUGACUUAAUGUUAAACACUGAGUAAGUUCCCUCAAACAUUUCUUAUAAAUCCUUCAAAACUUAGAAUUUACCCAUGCAAAAUUCCUACUGUGAUCACAGAAACUUUUAUUGUGUAAAAUAUACGCGAUUUAAUUUUGCUCAAGUUGAAGUGAUGCAAAACUAGCAAAUCUAGUUGUAGUACAAUUAUAUGAAUCUAUUCAAAUAGGACGUCUGUUUAAACAUAUUAAUGAAAAUAUUCUUGAGAAUCGCACAAAAGAACUAUCUCGUGGUCGACAGCAUUCACAAACCUGGCGCUUUGUCAGUUAGUAAUAAUAUAGAACUCAAUAUUAAGCUGAUCUUUGCCUAUUUAAAAUGAAUUAUGACACGAAACUGUUUAUUAUCUUAAUUGAAAGAAUUGUACACUGGCUUUUAAGUUUUAUACCUUUUUUUCUCCAUUUUUUAUUUUUGAGAUAUUUAAUUUUGUUUAAUAAAGUAGUACAGCCAAGUUGGCGUCAUAUUGACGUCAUAUUUACAUAUAACGAGUUAUCAGUGAAGGGUUUAUAUCUUCCAAUAUUAUGAAAUGAAAUCUUUCAAGGAUCGGGAAGAUUAAUGAUGUACGAAAAGUAAACACGCGUGGUUUGGCCCGGUAAAUGCAAGCAAAAAACUAUUUACUGACGUCUCAUUAUUCACGCAUGACGUUAGUUGCCUCUGAUUCAUUAAAGAAAACGAAAUAUCUCACAAACGAAGAAUGGUAAAAUAUAAAAGAUCAAAUAUAAAAGACGCUACAGUACUGAGUAGUUUGAAGAGUUCUUUCGUUGAGGAAAAUAAUAAUAUCUGCUUCUUAUGCACAUUUAGGUAAAUGUCGUCCUCAUAAAUCUUCGUUCAGUUUUGUUUUAUGGUUUGAUCUGACAUUUUAAAAUAACUGUCUUCAAUCUACUAUAUUUAGAAACAGGGCAAAAAGUCCGGGCCAUCAACGCCAGUGGACAGUGAAGUCGCAAUGUCUAGCAAUGUCAGCACAAAUACUUUUCAGAAAAGCAGACCAGCGGGGAUACUAACCGGUUUAUUUACUGGAAACCCAAGUGCUCUUAACAAAGACAGAGGAAAGGUGAGCCUAUUCGGCUAACGUUUACCCCUAUCCGCGUACUUUUUACGAUAUUUUCAGAGGAAUUAUUGCAACGUUGUUUCGUUCAAUGUGCUUUUUCGCGCUGUUACGGAAAGCUAGUAUCCGAUAUAGUUUUUCAUAAUGUUGAAAAAAUACUCAAUAUUUGACAAGCGUAUAAGAACAUAUCUUAUAAGAACACAUAGUCAAGUUCGGUUUUCAAUAAUACAUCAUCUUCUAUAUUUUCAGGACUUUACUCCAGUGAGGCCUCUGCCAGAGCUCUUGCAAUUCUUUACUGUCUAUGGAUUGGAAAGUGAUUCGAAAACCACCUCUUCAAACGAACAGCAGUUUUAUUUGGUAAAUAAAUCUGUUUUUAUAUGUACUGCAUGUAUAUCUGAAAAUUUACUAUGUGAUACUUCUAUGUUUUGUUUAUGGAAUCCAUCAUUCCUGUUUUACAUUGUUAUGUGUAUUUCAUUUUUGUUCUAGGAGGACUCGUGGACCGAAGUCGUGGAAGACUGUGAGGUAAUUCUGAAAUCCCUUGUCUGUGGAUUGCGCAGUACUGUAUUCUUGCUAAAAUAAACUAAACUAACUUUUUGAUGCAGAAAGCGCGGUUUUCUCUAGAUGUUCAGUAAAAUUUGUAUGAACUAUCCUUUAUUUCUCCAGUGUUACUACAGGAGCCAGGAAACCGAAGUACCUAGAGAAAAGCGGCGAUAUUUGGUUCAGUUAAAUUGGAAACACUCUAGAAAUGCGACUGCAGGCAAUUUGUAAUGGACAUACACUCACUGUUAUGCCGCCAACAAGGGUGCUAUAUACAGCUUAUUAUAUCAGCGCUCUGUUGCCAUUUUCUAUUCGUCCUACUGUAUGUAAUGGAAUCCAGAAUCCAGAGCAUGGAAUCCAGAAUAGGAUCAGAGUAGGAUCCAGUGUGUUGAUGGAAUCUGGAAUCCAGAUUAACACUUACAGCAACAUAACUUACGCGUCAUGUGGAUGGUUCGGUGCAAGUGUUGGGAGGUCUGCAGUGUUUACCAGUUUAUCAAACAUUUGCAAUUACUUGGAUUCAGGUCAAGGGGCAUGUAGGAAUUUCGAGUAUAUUGACCUGACCAUCCGUUUGCACCUGUCGGACCUAUCACACCGUGACGGAGUUACUCUGUGGAAAUUAAACGAUUCCGAAUGUCUGUUUUAGGAUGAUUGGAUUUUCCAACUUGUGUUUGAAGUAAACAGGCGACUUAUAUUCUCCUGGCAAGCUGCCCUUGGCACAAUGAGCUGGCACAUUAUAUACUGAACGCCCUUGUAGCAUGAAACCCAUCCCCAGGCUCCGCGCGCGCUGUUCCUUACAGUAGUUGUUAAUCUUGGUUAUUGCUGGUUAUUGCAUAACCUCGUUUCUACUCAUCUUCAGGAUCUUAGUAAAAGUGUCCGUGAUCAGCAAGAAGCUAUCUGGGAGUUACUCUCAACAGAGGUCGCAUACAUCACUAAACUUCAAGUCAUAAAAAAAGUAUGUACUUAUCACUCACUUGACACCAAAUUCGCUCGACUUAUACCAGAGACGGAGUCUGGCGGAUUAACACCGCAAAAACAAACUGGAAUAUCGCCUGAAACAGAUUAUACACUGCCUUGACCUUGCCAUGCUUGCGAAAAUCCGCUAAGUACUGGUAAGAGAGCAUUAGUUGGGUUUUUUUUUCAUCCAAUGACGUGGUAUCAUCUGUCAAAUCAAACUUCACACGUAAAAAACGCACAAGUGUAACAAGCCUACAGCAGACUUGUAGCAAUGCUGUUCCAACAACUUGUCAACAUAAGUUGUCAACGGCGUUGCUACAAGGUUGUUGAGCUCAACAGACUUGUUACAAGUUGUCAGUGACAACCUUGUGGCAACUAGAUAAAAUAACAACAUUGUUGAAACUCAUUGGCAAUCUUGCAACAAGCCUGUUGCGAACACAUCUUCUUGACAAGUUGUGAGAUUUUUACGUGUUUAUCACACGAACUCUAGUAUAAGUCGGGCCAUUACUUGUACAAUUUCUUGGGAUAAUAUAGUUUCUUUUUGGUCAAUUUAAUAAAUCACCAAUAAUGUUCAACUUUUAUACAGAUAUUUAUCUUGUGCCUACGAAAUAUUCAAUACGAGGGAUACCUCACUGAGGUUAGUAUGAAAAUGAUUGUAUCAAUUAGAAAAAUCUAUUGUGGACAAUUAAACAAUAGUCGUUAAUUGAAACAUCUAAUUAGUGUCAUUAUAAACUUGCAGAUUGACCUCACAAAUUUGUUCAGUAAUAUUGAAGAAAUUUAUGCUGUGAAUGUGUCAUUCUGGCUUAGCACAUUGAAGCCUGUGAUGAAUAUGGUAGGUCUAUAUAAUAAGUCAAUAAAUUGUCUAACUUUAUAACUGAGUUAUCACGUGAUCGCUUUUGUAUUUACCAGUUUUCAGCAGUAUAAAUUAAAGCACCCGACCCACGCUACUUCCAGCAGAGGAAGGGCCUUGACUCGAAACGUCUUGUUACCUUGCACCGCAGCUUUUUUACAGAGUUUUUAAUCUCCUGUUUUCUUUAAUAUAUUUAGAGGGUUUAUAUAUUUCAGUAAUUUUGAAAUAAAAUAAACAUCUUCAAACGUGAGGUUUAAGCGCGGCGUAAAAUUACAAGCUGAUGUGAAUUAAGACGUUUCCAGUAAUGACCUCACCUCAGGAAAGCUAGAAAGAAAUUAAAUCUACCUUUAUGUUUUGCAGGCAAGACAUACUAAGAAAUUAUUAAAUCCAUUUUAUAUGGCAGACGGUUUUUCAACGGUAAGUAUAAUAACACUUAGUGAUUGGCCAGAUUGAAUUUCAGAGUGUGUACUUACAGUUUAUUUGGUUUUGUGUUUAGUUUGACAGUCAGUUUGAACCGUAUCUGAAAUAUUGUAUGGAGGAAUCCAGUUGUACAAAAUACUUCAAACAGAAGCAAUCAGAAGAUGAGCUGUUUAAAAUAUAUGUGGAGGCAAGUUGAGGGUUUGAUGAAAAUUUGAAAUAAUAUUUGCAAUUAUAUUUUCUUUAUUCACCCGAGCUAGAGGCUCAUGAUAGAAGUGUUCAACAAUUAAGGAUUUAUAACUUUUGGUGUGGAAGAUAGCCUGUUGAAAAUCCCAGGAAGCACAAGAGAGAACCAACAAAACUUUACUGACAUUUUUUAUAUUAUUUUCUCUACACAGUGGUGCGAAAGUCGUCCGGAAUGCAAACGACUAAAGCUUAGUGAUCUUCUCGUCAAACCAAUGCAAAGACUCACAAAAUAUCCGUUGUUGUUAAAAGCAAUCUUAAAGAAAACUGUGGACGAAGAUAAAAGAAAGGAAAUUACGUCAAUGGUAAGAAAAAUAUCAACGAAACAUUGUAGGAAUUUAGCCGAUAUCACAACGGAACUCUUUCUUAACCUCUAAUGAAGCAAGUCGUACAGGUUUUGUACAUUCUCUCAACUCUGAUCUUUUCUUUAGAUCUCAACUGUGCAAAAAUUCGUGAGUAAAGUUGACGGCUGCAUGAAAAUACGACAUGAAAAAGAAAACCUGAAUAAAGCUGCGAUCAAAAUUGAAAGUUACUGGCCUGUCGAUCCUGUUAGUGAUGAAGUGGAAAAGGUACUUUAAAUCAUGUGACAGUCUAGAGUGAAACGUGUUUGGCUAAUAGUGAACAAAUGUUUGACCAUCACUAAGGUGAUGAGUAGUUUGAGACUAAAAUAUUGAACUUUUAGAAAAUAAGUGAUGCCUUUCUUUGCAUUUGAUAAAACAUUUCGUUAAAGUAUCUUUUACCAGUUCAAAAUCACAUGAAGAAAAAAGGUUCUUGAUGACUAAGUGUAAAUCAAACUUGAAAGUCAAACAUCUAGCAUUUCUCACGACCAGGCUUGUCACACUGAUCUCACUCACAGUAAGUAAGCCUGCAAGAAAAAUUUAUAAGCCCCCCCCCUAACAAUAUUAUUUAUUUACUUGCUACACUUUACAACACUAGAGACAAAAUGCUUAAUCCUUCCUGCAUGCGGUGAGAGGAGACUUUGUUACAAGUUGCAACAAUUUUUGCUCGUAUUAUUUCACUCGUUAAAACUUCUGUUUGUUUUCGUAGGUUCUUAUUGAUAACUAUUGUGACUUUGAUAUAACUCGUACGAUGCCUGGAGCUUGUGAGAACCAACAUCGCUGUCUUUUGUAUAAUGGACCUCUUCGUUUGAAUGAGAAACAGGGCAGAGUAAGUGAAUCUCUAUUGCUGUUGAGAUAUGGUUAGAAGAAGUUGGCCUUUCAGGACCUAAAAGUUACUUACAAAAGUUAAUUGUAAAGAGCCCGUCGAGCCCUUUCUGGGCGCCUGCAGACAAAUACAAUUUAGAUCUGAUAAAGCUAUUAAUUAUAUCCGUUAUAAACAAAGAUAGUUUAGUUUAUUUGAUUAUAAGCUUUCUUUGUCUAACUUUAUUUUUCGUUCACUAGAUGGACAUUCACGUUUUUCUUUUCACUGAUAUGUUAUUGUUGACAAAAGCAAAGAAAAUGGACAAAUUCAAGAUUGUGAAGCCGGUAUGUUAGGACGUGUGCCUUUUUUUCCCCAUUUUGCUUUAUUAAUAUUGUUUAUUUUAUUUGUUUCAGCCUCUUCGUAUUGACAAGGUGAAAGUGCAUGUCCUCAAAGAUCCAGGAACGUUUUUGUUGGUUUAUUUAAACGAAUAUCGUAUCGUCGUCUGUGCCUAUGUUCUGCACGCCCCUAAUCCCGUUGUUCAAGCAAAAUGGAUUGAACAGAUUGAUAAAGCAAAGGUAAGAUUCUAAAUAUAUCAAUAAUUAAGCUAAAUUUAUUUGAACUGGAUAGGUCUGUCAGUUUUAAACUGUUCUUUUUCUUAGAUCAGAUUUUGCAAGUAAAAUUCUAAGCUUUGAUGGGUUUGUAAGAAAUGUUUGAGGGAAGUAACUCACGGCAUGUUCAACACUCAGUCAGUUUCCUCAUGCAUUUCUUACAAAUCUUGCAAAAACUUAGAAUUAAUUUACCUAAGUAUGACAAGUAUGCAAAAUUCCUACUGUGAUCACAGAAACUUUGAUAGUGUAAAUCAGGCUUUACUGGUCCAGAACUACGGCAGGAAACUUUAUUUGUGCUGCAUAGCUUUAUCAGUUCUACAUCAGUAAGCUGUUCCCCUCAGAGAUCUAAACUGACUUAGUACCAGUACUGGAUAGCUCCAUUGCAAAUUGUGUUCCUUUGAGCUCAAGUUGAAGGGACAUCCCGUAGGAAGCAGUGUUACUAUAGGAGGAAGUCCAAACUAGGAAGUCCAAGGUUUAUCCGUUAUUGCUCCAUUGUUACCACAAGAGGAGAAAUCCUUGUGGUCUUUAGUCAACUCAAUUGCAAGUAAUCCUGAUAUUUGAGAGGAAAUUAUGAGCUGUCAUUUUUGUCCGUGUUUUCAGAACUUGUAUCGAGCUGUCUUACAAAGUGAUGGUAGCAGAUGUCUAACUGCUGAUGAUGCUGAAACUCAGUCUCCCGGGGCAACGUCAAGCCAAUCACCGACCACGAAACAUAACCGUAAUUUCUGGAAGAAUUCAAACGAAUUUCUAGACGUUCCUGUGAUGUCAUCGUCACCACGUUUACGACGUCAUUUGUCGGGCUCUGACGGAAACCUUGCAAUCGCCGGCCUUUCGGAGAGUUCUCGGGGUGUUGUUCGUAGAGCGUCGUGCAACGAACGUAAAACGAAGUCGAAACAUGAUAACGUAUAUCGUAGACCAAGAGCUGAUAGUAAGGUAACCCGAUCAACCUCUGACCCGCAU